AUAACAAUUAUGAGAUUGUGAAUGCUGUAACUACUUUUCGGAAUCGAGGCUCAUAACUGUGAUUUUGUCCAUUACCGCCAACUGGAACUACUUGGCAUGUUCUAAUAUGAAAUGGAAAACGCGAAUUUGCAAUAGGAAAAAAGGAAAGAGCAGUAUAAAGGGAAUCUGAUUUUGUUCGUUGAUAACGUAAGAGUUAAAUUCAAUUUUCCACGAUACAAAAAAAAACAUUUGCCUUGAAAAGUUGUUGAAUGUCAUACCAUUUCAACUCUAACUCGCAGAAAGGGAACUACGAGAAAAUCCAGUUCAGAAUCAGUCUCAAAAAUUGUUCCAAAGUAUCAGUGUAUAAAUAUCAUGUCGGAACGUAAUAGACAAAGAAAAACAACGGAGUUAUUUAAAUCAGAGAGGUUUAAACUUUCCAUAAAAAAGAAAAGAAAAAAAUUUUCAUUAUUACUAUAUGGAAUAUAUAUAUAUAUAAAUACGUGAUAACAUUGCAACGCGCCAAAGUAACAAUAGUAAACAAUGGCUGAAAAGUAUUGAUUUAAUGAUAAUAAGAGUCCGUUGAUAUAAGAAAAGAAAAUAAAAGAAGGUGUAAGAAUAAGAGUUAAUUGAUUCUAUGAGACAACUUUACAGGUUUCUGAGCUAAACAAAUGCAAAUAUUUAUUAUUAAUAUCUUCCCUUUCUCUCUCUCUCUCUCUCUUCUCUCCCUUUCUCUUUCUAGGCUCUAUAUCUGUCUUCCUUUCUCUCUAUCUCGAAAGAUACCCGCUGAGAAGUUCCGCGCGAGCAUUCUCGGAGUUGAAAGUAGUACGCAUGCGUCUGUAAAAUCGUUUCGACCGCACCGCUCGAGAUGCGGAUAAAGCGGUGCAUCGCGUUUGGGUUGACUUCAGGACCACACGAAUAGAGCUGUCUAGCUGUUAUAUAUAAACUGUUAACUUGUCGAUGAGGAAGGUAAUAACUGGUGGAAGAAAAAAGCAAAGUGAUAAGAAAAAAGGGAGAAAAAAAGAGAAACAGGAUUGGCAAAUGAAUGACAACAACGACGAAGAGGGAAUACUUGGAAUGCUUUCAAUUUUUAUUUGACUACAAGAAAAAUAAAGAAAAGCUUUUAAGAGAAAUAGAAGAAAAAUAAUAACAAACAUAUCCAAGGAAUCUAUAGUGUUUUCUCUUGUUUUGUGUGAUAAAAAUUAUUUACUUUAUUGGACAUGAUUGUUUUUUUCUUGAGAAGAGUAAAAGAAAUAUUUAAGAGAUGAGCUGAUAUCGCUUUGUUCGGAUUUUAAGAGAGAGAAAGAGAGAGAAAGAGAGUGAGAGAGAGAGAGAAAAAGAGGGAGAAGAGGAAAAUGAGAGUAAUCGUAAAAAUGAUAGUGAUUAUGUUUACUCUUACCACUUUGUUAUCAAUAAGAUAAACGUUUAGGAAUGAUAGGCAGGAAAAGAGAAGAUUAAAAGUGGUACGUUAAAGGAAGGAAUAUAUCGUAAAACGAAAUAAAAUAGACAAAAUAAGGAAAUGUGUGAUAUUACAUCGUUCAAUACAGAUUUUUGCGAUUCAAUCAGAAUAUGCGUGUCAUGUGUGUCUAUGUUGUAUGUGUGUGUUCAUGUUGUAUGUGAUAAACGACACAAAGUAUUGAACGCAAAAUAUGCUUUGGAGAGUGACGAAAAGCAAAGAAGAAUUUUCGCCAGGCAUGUUAACGUUUAUUCGAAAAUUUUUCGAAAAUAAGAGAUAACAAACUUUAAAAACCGGCUAAAGAAUGAAGAAAAGAUUGUUUUUCGGUUUUGUAUGUGCCGUAUUACUCUUUAUCGUAAUGACAUCAAACGAUAAUACUAUUGUGCAAAAAGUUACAAAUUUUAUUAUAACAGACAGCAAUGAUGUUUCAUGUUAUGAGAUCUCUACUACUUAUGGUUUUCCUCACUUGGAGUCUGAUUCUGUGAAACCUAUACUCGGAAAGAAUAUAUUUUUCCAUGAGACGUCCUGUUUCGAUGAAAAGGGAAUUGUUUUGAAUCCACGUCAGGCUUGUGCUGUAGAAUCGGCGGCUCUCAUGAAUUCGGAAAGUACAAUAUAUCUUUUAUUUCUUAGUCCUUCGCCGAUAUCCUUGGAAACGAAAGAAAUGAUAAAGCAAUUGUCGAGUUAUCCGAACGUCAAGAUUAGAAGGAUUUUCCCAGAAACUUAUACGAAAGACACGCCGUUGGAGGAUUGGUACAAAAGUGGUACCUUGAUGAAGAGUAAAUGGAGACGUAGUCAUAUGUCGGACAUUUUGAGAUAUUUAACUCUUUGGAAAUAUGGAGGAAUAUAUCUUGAUUUGGACGUCGUCGUUACAACGUCAUUGGAAAAUUUAACAAAUUUUGCUGGUGCCGAGGAUUGGGAUGACGUAGCAGCCGGUGUUUUGGGUUUCAGUUCGAAUAAGCUUGGACGUCGUAUGGCGGAUGCCUGCCUUCGUGAUCUGAAAAAAAAUUUUCGUGGUAAUGAUUGGGGUAACAAUGGACCUGGUGUUAUCACGAGAAUUUUACAAAAAAUGUGUUCUACCAAAUACACUCGAGAUAUGUCGGUGUCACGUUGCCACGGAUUCAAAGUUUUUCCACCUUCUGCUUUCUAUCCAAUUCAUUACAAGAAGUGGACAAAAUAUUUCGAGGAGAAGAACAUUAAUUCAACGAUGGAGAUAUUGAAGCAAGCUCGGGCGAUACACGUGUGGAACAAACUCAGUAAAUCGAAGAAAAUUCAUAUGAAUAGCAAUGUUCCUUACGUCGUUAUAGCUCGCAAAUAUUGUCCGAAAGUAUUUUCGAAUUGUGGUAAUACUUUCUAAAAAAUCGGACAAAAAAUCAAGGAAGUGAAUUUUAACAUAUCGGUGACUGUCUUAAUACAUUUAUUGUUUCGUUUAUUUUAUUUUUAUAACUUUUAUUAACAAUUUAUUUUUUUUACAAUUUAUAUAUUUUUUGUUUAUAUAACGAAGAGAUAAAUAUGAUAUAAACAUAGAAAAAAAGAAAACGUAAAAUUAAUUCUUCUUUUACAAUUCUUUUGUGUUUCAAUGAACGUAAUUUUAUUAUAAUUAAUUGUUUUUACAAUAUUAAUUAACAUUCAACAAAUUAAUAGAUGUUUUACGUUUGUACAAAUUUAAAAAAGUUUUUAAAUUUUAUGAAAAAUUAAUUUACCUUGUAAUUUCAAGAGAUAAUGAAGUACACACAUAUCAAACAAUAGAUUUAAGUUUAUAAUAUCAAAGAAAUAGGGCGUUGAUGUGUGUGUUAUUAUUAUCCAAAGAACAAUAAUAACUUAUUGCAGAUAUAGUUACAUAUCUAUAUAUACGUAGUUAUACGUGUAUAGUUCGUAUAUUAGUAUUAACAUAAAUAUCAUUAGAUGAGAAAGAUAGAAAGAAAAUAAAAAAGAAGGAGAGGAAUGUAUUUCUUGUAAGUAAUAAUCAUGAUUGUGAUUAUUUGUCGCGAUAUCAUAUCAUAUCAUUUAGAAAAGCAAUGAAUUAUUAAGAAUCUGAAAUGUAUUUUAUCGAUAUAAAAUGUUUAUUCAAAGUUGACAAUUUAACAAACUUUUUACAUGCAAGAAGUGGAAACUUUUCUGUGACACAAACAAAAAAGAAAAUAAAUGAAUAAAAAUAAAAUAAAAUAAAGUAAAAUAAAAUAAGAAUAUUGAAAAAAAAAGAAAGAUAAUAGAUAUGGGAUACAAUAACAAUAUUCAAGGAGAUAAUAAAUAAUGGACUUAACAUGUUAAACAGAAAAAAUUUUCAUGGAUGUGUAUGAAAAUUAUUUUAAUUAAAAAUGAAAUGAUUAGAGGAUGGAGACAAGAAUGUUUAGAUAUAAGUUAAUAAAAUUGUAAAAUGAAUAAUUAGGACAUAUAAUGUUUUUUUUUUAAUUGGAAUGGGAAAGAAAUAAUUAAUUUAUUCUUUUAUUAGAAGAGAAAUUAAAUUUUCAAUUUGAAUGGUCAACAAAUUAAAAUUAAAGUGUGUUUUUGGCACGUGAUUGUUAAUUAAUUGAAUAAAAUCUAUGUAUGUGAGUAGAUAUUUUCAAAUAAAUACAAAAUAUUAUUAUAUGAUAGAUUUGUGAAAAAUAGAUAUGAAAAUAUGUGAUGGCAUAACGUUUUUAUAGAGAAUCGAUUUUCAUUGUGUCGUCCUAAUAAAUACAAACAAUUAAGAAAGGAUUAAUAGCAAAUUUGACAAAGUAAGAAGGAAAAAUAUUAAUAAGUGUGACAAUCCCCUUCUACGUUUCUCAUACAUAAAUAUCAUACGAAAAAAGUUAAUGUUCAUCCUCAUUAAUUGUAAGAUUACGAUCAACUGAUAACAUGUUAUAGAAGUAGAAUAGUUCAAUUUAUUGUACCGUUGAUUUUCGAUUCAUCAUUAGUUUUAAAAUUAUUUAAUUUACCAAAAUUUUUAAGAUAUUUAAAAUUUUUUUAUCAUUGUAUUUAUUUAUUGAAUGUUCAGCAAAACUUUAUUUAAGUCACAUUAGAAUAUCGUUGCGCGAAGAACAAUCUUUAAAAAUCUCUUUUCUAAGCAAAACAAGAAAAAAGAGAAAAACAAAGAAUAAUUUAUUACGUUAAGAAAUUUAAUUGAAAUAAAAUAUAUAUAUAUAUAUAUAUAUAUAUAUAUAUAUAUAUAUAUAUAUAGACAUAAACGUCAUUUUAACGUGCCAUUCGUGUCAUCGAUUAUUGGACAUAUAAACCGCUUGCUGUUUAUCAAUAGCGCUUAUUACUUUUGUGAAAAAUCGAUAGUGAUAAUAUAUCAGUAUUAGACCAAUAAUCGAACCAUGUUCCUAAAGAGCUUGACACAGUAUAUAACUGUAAAACGAAGUAAGAUUAAAAUCUUGUAUCCUGUUUUCUAAAACUCUAUGUUUUUUGUAAAUAAAUAAGGAGAGAGUUCCUCUUGGAUAUAA